AUGGAUGCCGUUAUGCCGCUAGUCAAACCGUAUGAGAUGGCAUCGACUUUCGCCUUCCCACCGUGGGCCAUAGCUGCUGCGACGGCGGCAAUCGAGGUCCUUGACCAAAAGAACUGGAAUAUUUUCAGCCGCAAAGGAUUGUUUUCGUACCCACGUCCCGAUGGACUGCGUAUAAGCCUCGCCCUGAAUAUGCCAAUCGAUGAUCUUAUAGAGGGCGCCGCUAUUCUCAAGGAAGCUCUUGAUGAAUAUGAUCAGCACGAGUACGUUUCCGGGGAAGAUUUCACGGAAAGGUUUCACUAG